AUGGAAGGUCCCAAAAGUGUUAAUGAUGAUGAAAUAGAUAAUGGUGGGUUUGUGGGUUCUUUUGCAUAUAUUGAGUUUGAUCCUAUUGAGGAGGAUAUUCCAGAUCAUAUGCUGAUGUAUGGAAAGAAAUUUAAGAUUCUGAAUCGGAAAAUUAACUCAUUGCUCCAUUUACAAGCUGAUGGUUGUGGAAAACAUUCAGUGUCGGGUAUUGAGAGUAAUGAGCUAAGGGUCAAAGCUCAAUCUAAGACAUUUAAUAGCGCCUUUAGAGAUUUGAAAGACAUUGCGAAAGCCAGGCAUGUUCUCCAUGUGCAAUAUGUCAAGACGGUUCGAGAGAAUGUCAACUUCAAAAUACAUGAGUUAAGGGAUGAUAUGGCGAAUGAACUUUCAGUUCUCAAUCACAAUCAUUCUACGCUUCAUAUGAAGCUAGAUAUAAUUGUUGAUUCCAUAACAAAAGCUAUUGAAUGGUAUAAUUCGUUAGUUCCCAAGUUUGAUAAAAAGGUGGAACUUGAUGCUACCAGUUUUGGUGAUAUGGCAAAGUUAAUCGCUGAGUUAAAGGAACUUUUGCCAAAGUCUGGAUCUUUGACAUCUUUAAUUUUUACUCCUGAGUUCUUCAAUCAAAAGAUUACCUUGCUCGAGUCCAUACUUCAUAAAGAAUUAGCUCCACUUGCGAAACCUCUCCCAAUAGUGCCAACGGGUGCCCCACCUGUUGUUACAUAG